AUGGAUCUCCAAAUGUCUUUGACUGCUACUGUUGCUUCCAUGCUUAAGACUGCAUUUGGGGCCAACCCCAACUUCUCAUCUGGCACUGUUCUCACAAGGGACCACCUCACCAAGCCCAGACUCCAAGCCCUCUCCCUCUUGGCCAAUGCCCAGGCAACCCUCCAACAACCUGAUCUUCUUGAUGAUGCUAUCACUUCCCUGGAAGUCAGAUUGGCUGCUGCUGUCAUUUCACAUGCAAUCUUGAAUCCCUAUGUGGUUGAUUGGGAUGUUGAUCAGUUUGUGGAUCCUUUGCCCACUGCCAAGGACAUGUUUAUCUAUUUUGAACACCCCAACAUUGGCUCUCUGGAUGCUCCAGCCACAGUUCUCAAUAGGCAUGGCAGGCUCCUGGUAUGGUAUUUGCCAGGAAUCAUCCAUGGUGCAAGGAUUCAACUUCUCAGUGAACUUCACCUCUCCAUCAAGGACUCCCUCAGGUCAAAGUCCAAGCACAAGCCCAAGGACCUGUCCAAGGUUAACAAAUGUUAUGGUCAUCAACAUCAACCUGUGGACUCUCCCAUCUAUGGCCAUGGCAGGAUCUCCAUGUCUCCAGCCACCUUCAUGCAGGCUCACCAUGUUGGCUACUCCCUCUCAUCUGUUAAACUGUCACUGAGAUCCCUGAGGAGGCUUGUGGACAAUCUGCACCAAAGUGCUUCCCUCAAGAGGAAAGCUACAAGAAAAUGGCUCCAGCAGAUUGCCCAUGUUGAAAAGUUCUGGAGUGACAUUACAAUGGUCACUUUGCCUGACCUUGCCAGGGCUGGCUCAGAAGUUGUCUCUGCAAAGACUGGCAGUGUGCUGAAUGAGGAUCCCUUGGACUGGCCAUCUGUCUAUACCAACAUCAAUGUCAUUGUCAACCAGGAAACUCCUCUCCAUGAAGAUGCUGGCUCUGCCCCCACCCUUUUGGAUUUGUUGGUCAGCUUGGGCUCCCAUGAUGCUAAUUUCUUGGUGCCAGACUUGGGGGCAAAGAUUUUGUAUUUACCAGGCACCAUGAUUUUCUUGGCUGGAAAAAUUCUCUCACAUUCAGUUCCAAAGUGGGGAAGGGGUGAAAGGAUUGCCAUUGUCCACUACAUGAAGGACAGGGUGCAUGACAGACUCCAGGUCACCAGGCCUACCUGGGCUGUCCAGAGGGACAUUAUGUCUUCUGUUCUUAGCCACAACUAA